GUGCUACCAACGAUGUUCGAUCUGCCUGACCCAUUGACUGUGGUUUUAAUUCUACAACGCUUGAACUCUGCCUGGCGCUGGUAUUUGCUCAAGUCUCAAGACUUGAUAUACCAGUGCACCCCUGGUACUUCAGCCAAAACAGUCGGUAUCAGCAAGAUCGAAGCAAACAGUACCCACAUAGCAACCACUGAACAAGACACAAGAUGGGUUCUUUCGCCGAACCUCAGUUGCCAAGUCAUAUUGGCUUUAUCGGUUUAGGCAACAUGGGUUUUCCGAUGUUCUCGAACCUUUCCAGCAAGAUUCCAGCAACCUCGACAGUACAUUUCUAUGAUGUCGUCCCAGAGUCCAUCCAAAGAGGUCUGAAAGAAUCUGGGGCGGUUGCGCAGCUCGAUCCGUGUAGCAGCGCUCGAGAGGUGGCUGAAAAGAGUGAGAUGCUUGUGUCCAUGGUCCCUGAGGGCAAGCACGUUAGUGCAGUCUACCUUGAUCCCAAGGACGGCGUUUUGGGUGCUACAGACCUAAGCGGUAAGAUUCUCAUCGACAGCAGCACCAUCGACACUGCAACGUCGCUCCAAGUGGGCGAGGAGACUGCAAAGCGGCACCCCCGGGCACAUUUCUUCGAUGCUCCAGUAUCUGGUGGCACGGCGGGCGCGAAGAAGGGGUCGAUCACCUUCAUGAUUGGUUGUGCUGAGUCCGAUCCUCAUCUUCCCAUCCUUAAGCUGCUCCUUUCACUUAUGGGUCACAAUAUCUACACUUGCGGGGGACCCUCUCUUGGAUUGACCGCCAAAUUUUGCAACAACUAUCUCAGCUCCUCGAUAACACUGCUCAAUGCGGAAAUGUUCAAUUUCGCCAUCAAGUCCGGUAUGGACCCAAGAAUAUUGCAAGAUAUUCUCAAAACCACCACUGGCUGCAAUCGUAACGCCCAGUGGGCCAACCCUGUGCCUGGGCUAAGCCCAGAUGCUCCGUCCUCGAAGAACUAUGCUCCUGGUUUCAAGAUUGAAUAUGUCAAGAAAGACAUUGGCCUAGCGAUCGCUGCAUGCGAACGAGUUGGUGCCAAAUUGGCACUCGGACCUACAACUUGGAAUACAUAUGUUGAGGCUGGUCAGGAUGAUCGUUGUGCUGGUAAGGACUCCAAAGUAAUCUAUCGCUGGAUUGGAGGAGACGAAGAGUGGAAGGAGAAAUUUGCGGGAUAAUUUGUAGACUGUCGAGCAUGAGAUAGGCUGUAAGAAACCAUGGAUCGCUUACUCCUUUCUGCUCCUUGCCUGGCACAAACAAAUGUCCAGAUGCAUACUCUUCACAUCCACUUGCAAUAGGUCACCGGUAG